AGAGAACGUUUUGGCGCGUGAAAUACUCGAAAUUAUUUUCUUAUUUUGAGUAAUCUUACCGGAAGUAUAGGGUUUUCUUGACAACAUCCGUUCCCUCAGUUUGCAAAUGGCGUUCGAACAGCGGAGGGCGUUGCUCGGCUGCCUUGCCUUCAGGAAUUUAAGAACUUUUUUAUUUGUCUGCGUUUUAAUUGUGUUUUACGAGAAGACAAACCGGCAGCAUCAGCGGAAGAGAAACUAGCAUUAGAAAAGCUGUGGAUUCUAGCCGGCGUUUGCAUAAGGGCCCGAGCACUACCGGCCAUGGGCGGGAACCAGAAGUCGACGCCUGCUUCAAGCGUGUCCACAAUGAAACUGCCCCCGGAAUCAAGCGAGGAUCUGUCUUAUCUACCGGCGACCACAUCUGUCAUCGUCGGCCUGUGUGAGGCGAGGUCACGGCUACGGCGCGGUGCAGAACGGUUCCUCGACCCUGGACCAUCCGCUUGUGGGAUCUUCAGUUUGGCUGCAGUGCCCAAGGACUUCACAUCGUUUUGUACGCUACGUUAUUUACGCAGUUACAUUCCGCUGGCUCAAACAACGCGGGGUCGGACAGCGGGGCCAAGCUACGUUUCUCAGGAGGCGAGGACUACCCGGUGGCUCAUGGUUCGAACAACGUGGGUACGGACAGCUGGGCCAAGUUCUGUUUCCUAGGAGACAAGGGACCACGGAGUCACCGAAAGAAUGCUGGCUGCUCAUUCUUGUAGGACAUACCCGUGGUUCGUGGUUAGAACAACGCUGGAACGGAUAGCCGGGUCAAGCUACGUUUCCCCGCUAACGAGAGGACUUCCCUGUCGCUCAUGGUUCGAAGAACAACGGGGGGACGAACAGCCGGGCCAAGUUACGCUUCCCUAGAACAAGAUCCUGAGCAGCAUGCUCACCGGAAGUGGGAGAGAUGGCGACGAUCUCCCCACCACGGACUUCGAGCGACAAAUCCAUCGAUCGGAAGCAACCUGGUCCGAGACCGCCGAAGAGCCGCUGACCCAGGCUGCAGAGGUUCAGCUGCAACGCCAGGUGGCAAACCUGCGUCAGAGCGGCCACGUUUACCGUCACGACGACGAAGGCGGCCGUUCGAACCACGGCUGAAAAUUCCGAGGAACGCGUGGUUAGGCACGCACAAAAAUAAAGAAUGACAACACCGCUGGCCAUCAGGCCGGAAGACGACGACGACGGCGACGACGCAUAACACCCAGGACCUGCCAGACGAGUCGCACUUAACAUGCCACUAGUCGAACUAACUAUACGUGUUCGCGGGGUACAGUCUGAGUAGCCUAAGGAUAGUUUGGGGCGGGCCGUCGAAAUGGAGCACCGAUAACACGGCGGCUUAACGAGUUAUCGAGUUGGAGAAGGCAGAGGAAAGGCAAGGAGUGGAAUGUCGGUGGAUGACAUGAAUAGCUUAAAAGGACGGAAAACCACGUGCGACUGCAAAACUUGGCGGAGGCGUUCAUAGUAGCGUAUGCUGCUUGUGUACUGUGUUCCCCCCAAGCCACUAAGGUGUUUCGGGACCCUUGUAACGCUGUAAUGCAUAACGCACCUUCUGUAUACUGCGCAGCUUGAGACUUCAAAAUUCAAGUUUGUGCACGUGAAUCAGAAGUAGCGAUAUUAAUUCGCUGUCGAGCCUAGUGUCAAUUUUGAGUAGCUUGGGAAUCGAAUUGCUAACUACGGUGCUAAUUACCUUUGCUGACAAAUUCUAUCUUCGGCACAAAUUUGCGCUCCAUAUGGCGUGAAAUGGAGAAAAUUCUGCGUACGUAGAAGCGUGCUUGAGCAUUGCAGGGUUAUACUCCCCAAGUACUGUUGGCUUCAGUGCUGUUGGAUGUGAACAGCAAGCUCGUCAAAGUGUUCGAAAGCUGCAGCAGAGGAGGACGAAACCUGGAGUGAGGCACGUGACUUCUGCAACAUUCACGGUGCAUCUUGAACGCGUACCACAGAUUGAGUACAUCAAAAAAAAAAAAAAUUUCGAGAUGGCUUGUAACGCGGCCGCCUGAACUAGCGCCCGUGUAUUGUGUUGCAGGAAGAGUUGCUCGUGACGUCAGAACUGACGUGACGUCAGAGGUUAAGCGAUCUCCGUAGAAGGAAGAGCCACUUGAAUACUCGCACGUACUUUACAGCUUUUCUUUGUUUUUCUCGGGCGAGCCACAUUCUUUUUUUUCUGUUGGAACGAACAGCUCAGCGCAGUACUUAGCCCCCCAGGCUUCCUUGACGCUCGUCCGAAUGUUCUGCCUCGGGAAUCGAGGUUUCCGUCUCUUGCAGCCACCGCCUUUCGACCCUUGCGGUCCUGAGAAUUUAUCAGGCGCCGCUAAGACGACGUGAAACUGUGUUGAUGUCCCUGCCAUCGUUAAUUUUGACGUGCGUACUUGCGAUAUAGUACCGAUUCCCAGUAGCGGUUAAGUGACUUAUUCGACGUCAUUUCUUUUUUUGUGACAUUCCGCAACACAUUUUCGUCGUUGCGACAUGUUUACAGGUAGUGUACAUGUGCGCACGUGUAAACUAGAGAAGAUUAGUUCGUCUAUGAAAACGCAGGCAACAGUGUGCUCCAGGCUAGCCGGUGGAAAGAACAAUCAGUGUCUCCGUGCAGCCGGAUGCUCCUCAUUGAAUAUGGUUUGGCCAGGAUGUCGAGCAGGGUUGAACCACCUUGCUCUGCAUUUUUCUUGCUCUGCAGCUAUGAAAGCACGUAUUACACAUCGAAAUAUUCAUGACUGCUGGCGUCACCGAACUAUAGUUCGUAAUUAGUGGUGGCUUUACUACUACACGCAGAGUAUGCAUACUGUUUGCCUUGCAUGUGCCGCAAAACAACCCUGAAAUUGCACCUACGGCAUUCUCUCGAUUUGUUUUGUGUGCGUGUGUUUCGGCCCGCCCAUAGGAAUGCUUUGAUUUGUGUAACAAUGUUUAGAAAUUUCAAAAUAAACUUGAAUGAAG